GGGCUCUGCAUCACACAGCCGCUGCUUUGCCAUUUGUCUCGAGAUAACACAGGACUCUCGGUUAAGAAUUUAGCCAGGCAAUCAGGGCUGGUGGUGACCCGGACCGAGCAAGUCAGCAGGGCUGUCUCAAUUUCACACACUACUACUGACACAGACCGAAAAAAGGUUGGAGACGAAACCUUAACACCGCCCUUUUCCUCGGGUCAUGGAGAAGAGCCAGUACAAAGCCCAAACGCAGCCCCCAGUCCCCAGUCCGGGUCAAUGGGGUAGCAAUGAACCAAUCAUGGAACGGGCAAAGCAAGCAGCGACCCACAACAGCCUCCUCAUCACCCUUGCCCAGCGAUGAUCCUGGUCCCCGGAUCGAGCACUCCCAGACCUUCCUUCUCCAGACCCCGCAAGGCUUCUGCCCCGUGGAUAUACGACCCAGCCUUUAGCUAGCCACCAAGAGCCAAUCAAGAGCAGGGUAACCAAAUGCCACCCACGUCCGAAUGGAGAUGCUGUAGGCACAGCAAGAGGAGCAAGAUCCGAUGGCUGAGAAUCACACCGCCGGAUCCGAGGCCUGCCUAUAUAACGACAAUGACAGCCUCAGUCACCGACAGUCUGGCGCGAGUCAAACCACCCUCGGUCUCUGUGAACCACCACCAGCUCUAUCUACACAGGGAGAUUGACCGAACUCUCGACCAAGAUGGCUCCGACAGCCAUCUCCAACAGCUCUCAAUACCUAGCACAACUAAAACAUGUGGCACUAACCUAUCCGCUGCAACUUAUCGCAGCCUUCAUUGUAUUUCGCUUGUUAUGGAACAAAUUCCAACCUCACCUCGUGAGAAUCCCCGGCCCUCCACUAGCAGCAUACACCAAAUUCUGGCGACUCUACGACGUCUGGAAGGGAAAAUCCCACAUCACCGCCAUCAACGUGCACCGAAAAUACGGACCUCUAGUACGGAUCGCACCCAAUGUCGUGUCAGUGGCCGACCCGGCGAUGAUCCCGGUAUUCUACAACAUCAAAGAAAACUACACAAAAUCCGGCUUCUACCCGAUCCAAUGCAUUUCAUGGAAGAAACGACCUGAGAUGAAUCUCUUUUCGACCCGCGACCCAAACUACCAUCGGAUCGAGAAGCGGAAAGUCGGGCACGCGUACAGUCUGCCGAACCUGCUUGAAUCCGAAGAAGCCAUUGAUUCAUGCAUCAAGCUAUUCAUGCAGCGACUAGGCGAGUUUGCGGACCGCCGCGAACCCGUCGACUUGGGCAUGUGGCUGCAAUAUUUUGCCUUUGACGUCGUCGGCGAAGUCACGUUUGCGAGCAAGCUCGGGUUUCUCGAGCAGGGAAAGGACGUCGACGGCAUGAUCCAGGCUAUUCAGGGAAUGUUGGCUUAUGCGGCUCUUUGUGGCCAGGUGCCCGAAUACCACAAGUACUUGCUGGGCAAUCCGCUGUUUGCACUCCUCAUGCCCGCCAUGGAGACCUGGAAUCAAGUACUGGUGUUUACAUUGAAAGCCAUCAACUCUCGCGCCUCGAUCAAGCGUGACGGCGAGCUGAUUAAUGCCGACACUGAGGGAAGGGAUAUGUUGUCGCGAUGGGCGUAUGUGAAAUCUUCGGAUCCGAACAAGAUGAAUACGAGGGAUAUUAUUGUUCAUCUUUCCACGAAUGUGUUUGCUGGAAGCGACACUACCGCCAUCGCCCUCCGCGCCGUCAUCUACUACCUAUGCAAGAACCCAGACUGUAUGCGGCGAGUAGUCGAAGAGAUCGACUCGGCCGACAAACAAGGCAAACUCAGCAACUCCAUCUCCUAUAAGGAGUCUACCACCGAAUUGCCCUAUUUCAACGCCGUCCUGAAAGAAUCCAUGCGCAUCCAUCCAUCCGUUGGACUGCUGAUGGAGCGCCAUGUGCCUGCUGAAGGCGUCGAGAUUCAGGGCCAUUAUAUCCCCGGCGGUACUAUCGUCGGUAUUAACCCGUGGGUCACGAACCGGGAUCCAUCGAUUUUCCAGGAUCCGGAUACUUUCAACCCGCAACGCUGGCUCGAUGCUUCGGAAGAGAAGUUGAAGCAGAUGGACAAUAUCCUCGAGUUGAAUUUUGGCGGAGGCAGCAGGAAAUGUAUUGGGAGGAACAUCAGUAUGAUUGAGAUGCAGAAGGUGUUGCCGCAGUUGUUCCGGGAGUUUAAGGUCGAGCUCACACAGCCGGAUAAGGAGUGGCAUAUUUGCAAUCAUUGGUUUGUGCAGCAGGAGGGUGUGGUUUGUAAUCUUACCAGGAGGGAGAAGAGAUGAGCUGGCGAAGAGAGGUGAAGCGGCGCGAGACGAGGUGAAGCGGAGCCAUGACCGCGAACCAGCGAAGCAAUAUAACAGCGAGGAGGAGAGGAGAGAGGUGAAGUGAAGCAGCGAAGCCACGCGAGCGACCGAGGCAACGAAGCGAUCUGACACGAGGAGCAAAAGAUGCCCAAUAUGUGCCUGGAAUGAAGCGAAUGUGGGCGAAGAUGGACGAAAUGAAACCUGGUUACAUGCAAGUUUGCAACGUCGUUGAAGUUGAUGUUGUUGUUGCUCUUGUGCUGUUUGUCAUCCAUCGAAGAUUUUCAUCUGAUGUGAUCCCGAACUUGAACAGAUGGGACUACCUGCCUUGUGCAGAGAGUCUGAGAGUGCAGCAUGUAUGUACAAUAUUGAAUACCCAACCAAGAAGAUAUCUCAACCACCUUACCUUCUGG